AACUUGCCGAUAGCCAAAACCGUUUCUUCAUUUCUUCUAACACACGCUUUUGUUAAGUAGUGUAUAUAUAUAUUUAUGUCUCUUGUAGUAAGAGAUAAUUUAUAGAUCGAGCGAGUUCAACACCUUAUUAAUUUGUUUUGUUUCUUUCUUUUGAUUUCCUUAGAGGGAGGGAAAGAGUGACACAAACAAAGCAAUGAAGGAGAAGAAGAGAGGUUUCAAAGAAUGGUUCACAUCAUCCCAAGUUCUAUUGGGUAUGAUACUAGUACAAAUUUUUCUUACUGGGUUGCAGUUACUAUCAAGGAUCAUAUUGGUUCGUGGCUUUUUCAUCUUUUCCCUCAUUGUAUAUCGUCACCUUGUUGCUGCUAUUUGUGUUGCCCCCUUUGCAUUCUACUUUGAAAGAGACCGCACAAAGAAAUAUACUUUGAAAGUUUGGUUUUGGCUCUUUGUUAACGCAUUGACAGGGAUGGUUCUGGCUCAAGGAUUAUUCUAUUAUGGUUUGAGAGAUACUUCUGCCACUUACUCUGUCAAUUUUCUCAACUUGGUUCCUAUAUCCACCUUCUUUACCUCUAUCAUAUUUAGAUGGGAGAAAUUGGGUCUGCACACUUGGGCGGGUAGAGCUAAGUGUGGAGGGGCAAUUUUGUGUGUUGGGGGAGCAUUAGCUACCAGUCUUUACAAAGGGAAGGAAUUUUAUCUUGGUCAUCAUAGUCAUCAUGUUCAAAUUGUUGUUGCGGCACACAAAACUCACAUGCUUCGGGGCACUUUCCUUUUGAUUUGCAGUUGCUUCUCAUACACAACAUGGUUUAUUGUUCAAGUCCAAUUGCUUAAAGUAUUUCCACUAAGGUAUACAGGAACAAUGCUAGCAUGCAUUUUGGCAGCAAUUCAAGGAGGAAUAAUAGGUAUUUGCAUAGAUUCCAGAAAAGCUGCUUGGAGAUUAGAGUGGAAUUUACAAUUGGUCACUAUAUUGUACUCGGGAGCACUAGCUACAGCUGCUACAUUCAGCCUACUAUCUUGGGUAAUUACAAUCAAAGGACCAAGUUAUCCCCCAAUGUUCAAUCCCCUAGGUCUUAUUUUUGUGGCCUUUUCAGAAGCUAUCAUACUUGGCGAACCAUUAACCGUUGGAAUGUUGCUAGGCAUGAUUUUGAUCAUGGUAGGAUUAUACUUCUUUUUGUGGGGCAAAAACAAUGAGACUAAACGCAUGGUUCAACAACCAAUUGUAUCAACUGCAGAAGUAUCAAACGUGACUGAUUUGUCUACUGGGGCAGAAUCAGUGGCCACAAUAGUGCCAAAUUCUUCACCUACAAAUUCAGUAAUUCUAGAACUUGAAAAGUCUGACAAAAACUAAAAAAAAUAAAUAAUCCUUUGAAUGUAUGAGAGCUAAAGUUCAAGGCAGAGAUUAGAAAAGUGCAAUAUUUUUUAACCAUAGUAUGUGAAAGGUACAACACAAUGUUUAAAUUUAAAGGAUUGUGUUGUAAAAUUGAUAGUUAGCUUUGGCCUUCAUCACAAAGUGGAUAAAAUAGACUAAAAUGCUUGACAUAUAAAUUACCCUACUAAAAUGCUUGAAUUAUGAUUUUCUGUA